AUGAGACCAUUACGCUUCUUCGAUCUACGAGAUAUCGUGAUAACACAAAUGAAUUAUGGUUCAGUGCAAAGGGUGUAUAUUGUUUCCGAAAAAGAUAUAGUGCUACCUAAACAACUUCAAGAGAUGAUGAUAGUUCAUAGUCCUCCCGAUGAGGUACUUAGCAUAUCGACAUCAGAUCAUAUGGUGAUGUUGUCCAAGCCAUUGAAACUUCGAGAUCGGUUGCUUGAUAUUGCUCAAAGAUAUACUUGA